CCCCGCCCCUCCCGCGGAGCCCGGAUGAAGGGUAACGCCAUUACCGCCCGAGCCGCCGAGAGCCCGAGCGGACUCGCUGUGGACGCUGACCGGCCGCACCAUGAGACUCCUCCCCCGCCUGCUGCUGCUGUUCCUGCUGGCCUUCCCCGCCGCCGUGCUGCUCCGCGGCGGCCCCGGAGGAUCAUUAGCAGUGGCUCAAGAUCUUACAGAAGAUGAAGAAACAGUGGAAGAUUCGAUAAUUGAAGAUGAAGAUGACGAAGCUGAGGUAGAGGAAGAUGAACCCACAGAUUUGGCAGAAGACAAAGAAGAAGAAGAUGUAUCUGGUGAACCGGAAGCUUCACCGAGUGCAGACACAACUAUCCUAUUUGUAAAAGGAGAAGAUUUUCCAGCAAACAACAUCGUGAAGUUCCUGGUAGGCUUUACAAACAAGGGGACAGAAGAUUUUAUUGUUGAAUCGCUAGAUGCCUCAUUUCGUUAUCCUCAGGACUACCAGUUUUACAUCCAGAAUUUCACAGCUCUUCCUCUGAACACUAUAGUGCCACCCCAGAGACAGGCGACUUUUGAGUAUUCCUUCAUUCCUGCAGAGCCCAUGGGGGGACGGCCUUUUGGUCUGGUCAUCAAUCUGAACUACAAAGAUUUGAACGGCAAUGUAUUCCAGGAUGCUGUCUUCAAUCAGACAGUUACAGUGAUUGAAAGAGAGGACGGGUUAGAUGGAGAAACAAUUUUUAUGUAUAUGUUCCUUGCUGGUCUUGGGCUUCUGGUUGUUGUUGGCCUUCAUCAGCUCCUAGAAUCUAGAAAGCGCAAGAGACCCAUACAGAAAGUAGAAAUGGGCACGUCAAGUCAAAAUGAUGUUGACAUGAGCUGGAUUCCUCAGGAAACUUUGAAUCAGAUCAUGCAGAGUAGAAGAGAUAAAGCUUCUCCAAGAAGGCUGCCCAGGAAGCGGGCACAGAAGAGAUCGGUGGGAUCUGAUGAGUAAAUGUUCUUUGUGCAACAAUUCAGUCUGUGCUUCCCCUGCCCUAAUGUUUUUCGGCCUGAUGGGAAUUAGUGCAGAGAAGCCAUAUCACCAUAGAAGGCAACUACUGCUUAUGUGUGGACUGAGCAAUCAGAGUCUGUGGCGAUAAUAUUGUGAAAAUGCACUGCAUUCAUUUUUCUAAAGUAACAAAUUUGGUUUUUUUGGUUUUGUUUUUUUUAAACAUUAAACUGUGUGGGUGUGAAUGUCUAAGCAGUUGUCUUACCAGAAUCAUUGUUAAACUACCUGAACCACGCCUUUAGAAUACUCAGCAAAAUGCUGGUGCCGCUUCCCUCGUGGUAUUUUCUGAGUUUUGCCCCCAAGCUCAAUUCAUAUUUGUUGUCAGUGUGGUUCUAGAUGUUCUGCCGUGGAUCAUUUUGAGGAAAUAAUUGGUUUAUUUCUUGGAAUUGAUCAAAUCCAAGCUGAUGGCACAAACUGGCCUUUUGCUUGCUGUCUGCUACAGCUUAUAUUCUAAAGGUACAAGCAGGAGGGACUGCUCCCUGAGCAGCGGAGGCCUGCUGGGUAUCUGCUGCUCUUUACUGUGUGCGCACCUUCAGGAACUCACCAGUGGAGUCAAGGAAGUUUGGAAUCUCUAGCAACAAACUGUGAAACCUGACAGUUCUAUUGAUGUUGGUAUAUAAAUCCUAAUUUUACACCUGUUUUCCUUUUUGGUUUCUUUUUUUUUUUUUUUUUUUUCUUAAACAAAAAGUAGUUUGCGCAAACUGGGUUGUUGUGUUGUCUGUUGUUCCUGUGACCUGGGGGAGCUCUGGAGUGGCCUCCUUUCUUUGCCUCUUUGCUUGUUGUUGGCUUUCAGCAGUGCAUUUUGUUCUUAGAAACAAUUUAAGAAAACUUGUCAUGGUUUACAGACCAAGGGGAUCAAAUUUUAGGGGCAGAGAUACAUUUUGGUUAAUCCUAACCUACAAAAACAUUAGUUGGAAACUUUUAAAGUAGUUACAAGAUUUAUCUUUGGCCUGAUCUUUUGGGGUUUUUGAUUGUUGACCUACUUCUUGUCUUUGUUAAUGUGGAAAAUUCCCAAAAUUUAAGCACUUAAGAUUUCAGGACCAAAGUUAAGUUGGUUUUGAUAACAAUCCUUUAGUUACUCUUGCCUGAACUAGUGAAUUAAGUUUGGCAUUAUUGUCAGACUUAAAGUAACAUUGAGUUCAGUGAAUGGGUCAGAGGCUUCCCUCUGUUUUUAAGCCAUAGUCUCCCUGUGUGUAUUACAAGGAAGUAGUAAUGUCAGUAGUUCUUUUAUUCCUGACUUCCUUUUCAUUGGAAGGUCCAUUCCCUUCCCCACACAUCUAAAGGAAUACAACGAAACACAAUACACACAGAAACAGAACUUCCAAGCUGUUUAACAUGUGAGCCAAAGCCAAUAACGAUAGAAGGUCUUCUGUAAUUGUUAAUCAUUUUGCAAAAGGGGCUGAAAUGUCAAAUUGCCUGUAAUUUGCAUUGCUGGACUGUAAACUUUCUAUGGCUGUAAUAUAAUGUGUGUGGGUUUUUAAUUGGACUGCAUAAUCAGUUUAUUUUGAAAAGAUUCUUUGAGGCCUGAGGAACUGUAUGGUUUUUAACUUGAUGUAAUUAAUAUAGGAGACCCUUCUCAUUCUCAAGAAACAUUUUCCAGAACCUUCUGUAAAUAUCUCAGUUUGUUAAGCUACUGUAACAUAUACUACAGUAAGGUAUCAGUGAUUAAAACCUUUAAAUGGC